GGGAGUAACUGGCGCUUUUCUCCUUCUAGUCAGUGGCGUCUGGAUUUAACCGCGUAAAGUGACUAUGCUGAGUAACUCGCGCCAGAACUGUGGUUUUAUUUUGUAAGGUUCGUAUUAAAAAAAAAUAAAAUAAAACUGGAGCUUUGUUUUCGAGGACCCCGCUAUGAAGUGUCUGACCCGCAGCAGAGCUUCAGCACAGGAAGCGGAAACGAGCAGCGAGUUAAAGGACCUGAAGGAAAGCGCGCCAUCUUUUUGCGUGCCUUGCUCCAUCUCUCCCCUCCUGGACAGCGACCCCAGAGGAGCUCACAACAAGGAGAACUGCAAGGAGAAGCCCUGUUCUGUCCAUGUGUCCUCUGAUGAUGAUGAGGGUCUCCUGAGCAGCUCCAGUCUUGCAGAAGACAGCGGCUAUCUCUCACUUCACAGCAGUCAGCUUGAGCACUAUGAUUGUGAUACACGUUGUACAGAGUCUCUGGAGAGAUGUAUAGAGGGAAAUUCUUACAGCUUGUCUCCUACUCAUUCAAACUCUAAAUCAAGUUUCCUUCCUGUGCUCAAGUUCCAGGAGGAGGUAUGCAAACAGUUGGCCAAAGGCUAUAGGAAAAGCCAAAGCUAUGACUGGACUGUUGUUAAUAAGGUGGCUGAGCGCUAUCGCCUCCGUAACAUCAUUGGCACAAAGAUGGGCCUGGAGUAUGUAGACAUUCUUUGUGGCCUGUUGAAGAAAGACAUGAAGCACAUCCUGACCAGGAUCUUGGACCUACUCGGGGAAUGUGACUUGAUCAACUGUAAAAAAGUGAGCAAGACAUGGCAGAAAAUCAUUCACCAAGACAAGAGAGCUGUUCAGAGAUGCAGAAAAGCAGAGCAAAUGCUAAGGGACCCAGGAAGGUCGACAGGGUCUUUAUCCAGAGACUUUGGCCUUAGCAGGGUGGUAUUUUCUUGCCUGCAGUCUGUAACUUCCUCAACACCAGGGCACAAAGUCACAAAAAAGACCCACAGCCAAACAAACAGCACGCAAAACGCAGCCCAGCCAAGCCGCUUUGCAGAGUUUCAGGAGGCUACAAAAUCCCUGAAAGGGCACGAGGCACUGAGGAGCUGCCGUCGCUGUGGUUCUCCUGCACGAUUCGACUCGGCCAUGAAAAGGGCGGUGUGUAUGCGGGCUAGCUGUGCUUUUGACUUCUGCUCACUGUGUCAGUCAGCAUACCACGGGUCCACCCAGUGCCAGAGGGGCAUGAUAAAUUCAUCACCACAGUGCCAGACUGUACUUUUAGCAGGCUCUGCUCGCAGCAAACGCAGCAUCCGGCGCCUCUGAAUUCCGUUAACUCAAACACAAUUUGCACCUUUUUAAAAUGAGAAUUUAUUGCUAAAUUUUAUAAUACUUUUUUUUUUAUAAUGCUGUUUUUUUUAUGGAUGUAUGUUUUUCAUUGUCCUUAAUGUGAAGUGAUAUUGGUCACUUUGUGGUCCUAGCAUGUUUGUAAAGAACUGAAUCCCCCCCCAAAAAAAAAAGAAUGGGAAAGAAAAGCCUUCUCAUUUGGUACAGUAGAAAUUUUAUGAACACUCCUAUUAAUGAAAUGACUGUGUGCCUUGUCGAAGCAAAUUGUAAAUAUUUAUAUGGCUGAAUAAAGAGUCCUAUAUUUUUUUUUUAAA